UAUUAUUAUUACAAUUUGAACUCAACAAUGGCAAAGACGACCUCAUUGGCGUGUCUUCUUAUCAUUUGCUGCUAAAUCUAGACACCAUUACCCCCUCCUUUCUUUAUUCAUUUUAAAUUUCUUUAUUGCCCUUCUUCACAAACUUACACUUCUCCACGCAAUUCUUCUAUCUAUAUCAUCACCAUCGAUCUUGUAAGUUCUUAAUUUCAUUUAUUAUUUUUCUUUACUUUUCUUUUCGCUUUGUUUUAUCUGAUUAUAAUCAGAUUCUGAAGAAUGAAUUGAUCUGGGGGAUUAUUUUUAUGGAUUUUCAAACGAAUUUGCAAUCGGAAUCUGGGAAAUUGGAAAAUAUUAUAUCCCAGUUUCUGCUCAAGAUUCUUCAUGUGAUACUCGACUCACGUGUUCCUUCUCUUCACUCACGUGACCAAUCUUCGGUUUAUCGUGUGAGGAAGAGUGAUAAAUGGUUCAAUUUAGUGCUAGGAGACCGCCCUUCUGCUUUAGAUAAUUUGAAUUUUUGGCACAGAAAUGUAAUGGAUCCUAUGAUUAUUGAUAUAAUUCUUGUUCAUAAAGAUCCCAAUCCAAUUGGGUCGUUGUCAUCGUCUUGUAAUGAGACAGUGAUUGAGAGGUGGGUUGUUCAAUAUGAGUCUACAAAAAUGGUGCAUCAUCCAAUCAAUGAAACUUCUUCGUCUUAUAAAAAGACUUACAAGAAGUCCAUUGUACUGUUGAGAUCACUUUAUACCCAUAUGAGGCUUCUCCCUGCUUAUAGGAUCUUUCGCCAGCUUAGGUCUUCGAGUCCGAACUUUAAUUUUGAUAUCAUUUAUAAGGUUUCUUCGUUUAGCAAUCCGUUUUCGCGGGCUGAUGAGGAAUCCAUGUGUGAAUAUGCUUUUGUUCCCGUUGAGGCGCUUCCUGGUCGCCUUUGUGUGUCUGUGACUUACCGUUCAACGCUAAUUGAUUUUAACCUUGAGCCUUUAGUGUCAUUGCCCCCUAAGAUUAUAACGGAUUAUGUUGGUAGUCCUUUACCUGAUCCAAUGAGGUCUUUUCCCUCUUCGGAGAAGGGUGUUCGUGCUACAUCUUUUCCGUUGAGAGGAGUUAGGCCUCCAUCUUCUGCGCCAUUGGAACGUCCGCAUAGUUGGUCGAGUGGAUUUCAAAAGGGAGCUCCAUUUCUGCAGAGUCAACCAAUCGGUGGUUCUCCACCUGCAUUUCGCCCAUCUCCUCCGUCAUAUGAUUUUUCAUCUUCACCUAGUGAUAAUUAUAGUCAUAGAGUUCAAAAUUUUAGACCACCAGCUCAUUAUAGGUCUCCCAGUUAUGAUGAGUAUCAGCUUUCGCCUCCUUUUUCGCCAUAUGCUUGCCCCGCGCCCUCUACAUAUUUGUUUGGUGGUAAUCCUAUUCAUGCUCGUAAAAGUUCUGAGACUGCCCCUGUUAGUAUCCCGCAUCCAAUUAGAAGUUCUAGAUACCUUUCUCCAAACUUUUCUGAUCCAAAUAGACAUUCUCUUCCACCAAUCUCUCCUAGAAGUACAAAGCAUGAUCCUUCAUCACAAGAGUCUACAUCUGCAAACCGCUCAUACAGGAGAACAGAAUCUGUAAAAGCUGGAGAAUUGCAUGGUGCAGUGAAUCAUUCUUCUGUCCACAAGAUGGUCAGAGAUAAUAAAGAUGAUUCUGGCCGGUUCUCAGGAUUGUUAUAUUCUAGUGGCUCACCACGUCCUGGAUUAUCCGGAAGCUCCAGUAGAUUAUCUUUUCAGGAUGACUUGGAUGAUUGUGACUUCUCUUGUCCCUUUGAUGUUGAUGAUAUUGAUACAUCAGAUUCCACAGCCAGUCAGAAUCUUGAUGCAAAAGCAACUUCAGAAUUGUCAUCCCAAUCACAUCCACUGGGUAGAAAAUCACAAGAUGCUGCUGUUGGUGUUCUCGUGCACAUGCUGAGGACAGCCCCGCCUCUGCGUCAAGAUUCUAGUAUUUACUCAUCCCACUCAUUAAGGCCAGAAGAUCCUGAGGGAGGGGUUGGCACAGCUUCUGGUUUCUUUAUGCCUCGAAAAACAGCAGAUGCCCUGGAAGAGCUUAGGAGUUAUAGAGAAAUGAAAGACCUGCUACUCUCCAAGAGCGGGACUCGGGUGUUAAGCAGGGAAGAGGCAUGAUAGCUUCUUUGAAUUCGUGGGUUCAUCUUUGUUUUAGAGAAAUCACACACAUUGGUGAGAUUACAUCAACCGAUACUGAAUUAUAGACACCGGAGCAUCAGCAGCACAGUUGUUUCUACCCUAACUUUGUAAAGAUGAGAGAAUAACGAAACGUGUACAUAUCAUAACUUAAUAUCGACGUUGCUUUUUAUUUUCA